AAAGGUUAAAUGUUAGGAAUGAUAUCGAAAUCGAAGCUCAACUAGAACCAUUAAUCAAACAGUUAUCAGAACGAAUUGGCGUGUUGUCUGAUGGUAGUGAAAGUAAUAACGUUGAUAAAAAUGAUUCAAAUGAUAAAGAUGAGAAAAAUAGUAUUUCAAAUAUAACUAAUUUAACAGAUUGGACAUUUGUUUUAGUAGAUGGGUUUCUUCUUUAUUGGGAUAUGCAAGUUGUGAAGGAAUUAGAUAUUAAAUUAUUCGUUCAAGCUGAUUACGCGAUAUUGAAAAAAAGACGAGAGGAACGAACUGGAUAUGUUACCGUUGAUGAUCAAUCACUGACUAUUGAUGAAUUAGUGGUGUUGAAAUCAAAUUGUGCAAGGGAUAUGCAUAUGAAUUUAGAAAUGGUCGUUGAGAAUGUUUUAGGGUUUGUUAAGAACAACGAA